AUGGAUCAGCAACAGCAGAUUCCGGUGGAAACACUUAUUCUGCAGGUUCUUCAGCAGCUCCAGCAGCAGCAAAGUGUCACGAAUCAGCUUAUUGCUAGCCAACGUGAAGCACAGGAACAUCAGCGAUUGUUCAUGCAGCAGAAUAGAGAGGCGAUCCAGAAUAUCAGACUGCAGGUUCCGGAGAGCCCGGAAACGAUCCUUGAUUCGGUCGCUGCUAAUAUCAAGGAAUUUCGAUAUGACAUUGAGGAAGGUGUAACGUUCGCGGCAUGGUUCUCGCGGUAUGAUGAGUUGUUCGCAAAGGAUGCUGCAAGGUUAGAUGACGCAACAAAAGUGAGGUUAUUGGUCCGGAAGUUGGGAGCAGCCGAGCAUGAACGCUUCGUUAGUUUUAUUCUGCCAAAGGCUCCCAAGGAUUUUAACUUCAGCCAGGUUGUGGAAAAGCUGAAAGCUUUGUUUGGAGCAGCGGAAUCAAUGGUUAGUAAGCGUUACCGGUGUUUGCAGACCGCAAAGGCUCCAACGGAGGACUACCUGUCUUACGCUUGUCGUGUUAAUAAGAGCUGUGUACAAUUCGAAUUGGCGAAACUGUCAGAGGAGGAAUUUAAGUCUUUGAUGUUCGUGUGCGGGUUGAAAGCUGAAAGUGAUGCUGAGAUUCGCACCCGUUUACUUAGCAAGAUCGAAGAAAGAGGAGAUGUCACCUUGGAGCAGUUGUCAACCGAAUGCCAACGGUUAAUGAAUCUACGUCAUGAUACGGCUAUGAUCGAGGGCAGUUCGAAUGCGGUCAACGUCAUCAGCGGAAGACAGCAGAAAUUCCAUAAGUUCCGGAAACAGUCGGUAGCGAAGAAGGACAAUUCGCCGAAGCAGUAUUCGUCCAGUAUGGAGAAAAGGCCAACCGGUCCAUGUUGGACAUGCGGGUUAAUGCAUUUUAGUCGGGACUGUACAUACAGAAAUCAUCAGUGUUCCGAUUGCAAGCGUUACGGCCACAAAGAAGGCUAUUGUGGAAGUGCACGGAAGAGUCGUCCGAACUACAAACGGAAGUCCCAGCGCGUGACGGUAGAUACGAAGACCGUCCGAGUAUCAGUUGACAUGGUGCGGGGUAGAAGAAAGUUUAUUCCCGUUAUGUUAAAUGGUGUGUCCGUUCGGAUGCAGUUUGAUACCGCUUCAGACAUUAGUGUCAUAUCCGUACAAACAUGGAAGCAGCUAGGACGACCGCAAGUAAAGCCACCGUCAGUGAAUGCCAAAGCAGCCUCGGGUGACCCACUCAAGCUGGUGUCACAGUUCGACUGUUCAAUAAGUGUUAACGGGGUAACACACGUAGGCACGAUUUUCGUCGCGGAAAAAGAUUUACAUAUCUUAGGACUUGACUUAAUCGAGGCAUUCCAUCUAGAUUCGGUUCCGAUGAAUGCAUUUUGCAACGUAGUUUCCGUUUCUCCAUCCUUAGCGGAUCGUCUUAAGGCGCAGUAUCCACAAGUUUUUAGUACCGAGCUAGGUAAAUGUAUAAAAACUACAGUGAAGCUCGAAUUAAAGCCAGAUCAAAUGCCAGUUUUUAGUCCUAAACGUCCGGUGGCGUACGCUAUGUACAGCGCAGUAGACGAUGAGUUGCAUCGGUUGGAGAGCAUGAAUAUAAUAACACCAGUAGAUUACUCUGAGUGGGCAGCUCCGAUAGUAGUGGUCCGGAAAGCAAACGGCAGCAUACGAAUUUGCGGAGACUACUCCACUGGUUUAAAUGAGGCUUUACAACCACACCAGUAUCCGCUACCGCUUCCCCAGGACAUUUUUGUGAAGCUGGCUCAUUGCAAGGUGUUUAGCAUUGUUGAUAUGUCCGAGUCCUACCUUCAGCUGGAAGUCGACGAAGCCACCAGUAAACUCCUGGCUAUUAAUACCCACAGGGGCAUCUUCAAGGUAAAUCGUUUGGCGCCUGGAGUGAAAGCAGCACCGGGAGCGUUUCAGCAAGUCGUCGAUGCAAUGCUAGCAGGUCUGCAGCACACGAGCGGUUACCUCGAUGACAUCAUCGUAGGCGGCCGCAAUGAAGAAGAGCACUGGGAGAAUCUGAAAGCACUAUUCGAGCGUCUACAAGAGUUUGGGUUUACCAUCCGGUUGGAGAAGUGCUCGUUUGGCUCUCGUCAGAUUGAGUAUCUGGGGCAUCUGAUGGAUCAACAUGGUGUUCGGCCGGACCCUGCUAAGGUUGCCGCAAUUAGGCAAAUGCCUCCUCCUGUCGACGUGUCCGGCGUUCGUGCUUUUCUAGGAGCCGUUAACUAUUACGGCAAGUUUGUGCCUAACAUGCGCGCUCUACGGUUCCCGUUGGACGAGCUACUGAAGGCAGGCACAAAGUUUAAGUGGACAUCGGCGUGUCAAUCAGUGUUCGACAAAUUUAAAGAAAUCCUUUCGUCGGACCUGCUCUUAACGCAUUAUAACCCGGAGUUGGAAAUUAUCGUUGCUGCUGAUGCGUCCUCCGUUGGCUUGGGAGCCACGAUUAGUCACCGUUUUCCCGAUGGGUCAAUAUUGCAACGGUGGGCCUUGAUGCUGCUCAUGUAUGACUUUACGAUCGAAUACGUGGCCACAGAGAAGUUCGGUCACGUCGAUGUGCUGUCUCGGCUUAUAAACCAACAUGUUCGGUUGGAUGAGGAUUAUGUCAUCGCAGCUGUCACCCUCGAAAAGGAUGUUGGAGAAGUUCAGCAUGGUACGCGGAGCAAUCCGAUACUCAGCAAGGUGGUUCAGUACAUCCAUCAAGGCUGGCCAGCCAAGCAGGCCAUCACAUCCAAUCUUACGAAGAGUGCGGAGGUAGAUCGGCACAUCCCGUCCAUAUCACCACCACCACCAACGGUCCCGAUAAGCCAGGUGCGCCCCGCAGAUUUGGGCGAACUUCAUUCAACAACCGUUCCUAACCAGUCAUCAACCUCCUAUCGCUAG